GCGGGCUCGGGCGGCGGCUGCGGCGGGGCUAUGGCUAGUGGCGGUGGCGGUGGUAACACCGGCGCGGGUGGGAGCCCAGGGCUGGGCCUGAGCCUGGGCCUGGGCCUGAGCUUAGGAAUGGGUGAGGCCACCGGCGAGGCGGAGGAGGAGGCAGCCACUGCCGAGGCGGUGGGACGCCUGGCCACGACGCUGUGGCUGCGGCUCCGCGGCUGGGAGGCGGUGCUGGCGGCAGCGCAGCGGCUGCUGGUGUGGGAGAAGCCGCUGCACAGCCUGGUCACGGCGGCCGCGCUCAACGGCCUCUUCUGGUUGCUGUCUUCUUCGUCCCUACGGCCCAUCUUUCUACUCAGCAUCUCACUUUUAGCCUAUUUUCUGCUGGAUCUUUGGCAGCCUCGCUUCCUCCCUGCCAUCCAGGCAUCAUCCCCAGAGGAGCCACACUCUGACAGUGAGGGUGCGGGGUCAGGCGCCCGGCCGCACCUGCUGAGUGUGCCCGAGUUGUGCAGAUACCUGGCUGAGAGCUGGCUCACCUUCCAGAUUCACCUGCAGGAGUUGCUGCAGUACAAGAGGCAGAAUCCAGCUCAGUUCUGUGCUCGUGUCUGCUCUGGCUGCGCUGUGCUGGCUGUGCUGGGACACUAUGUUCCAGGGAUUAUGAUUUCCUACAUUGUCUUGCUGAGUAUCCUGCUGUGGCCUCUGGUGGUCUAUCAUGAGCUGAUCCAGAGGAUGUACACUCGCCUGGAGCCCUUGCUCAUGCAGCUGGACUACAGCAUGAAGGCAGAAGCUGACGCCCUGCAUCACAAACAUGACAAGAGGAAGCGCCAGGGGAAGAGCGCACCCCCGGGAGGCGAUGAGCCACUGGCAGAGACAGAGAGUGAGAGCGAAGCAGAGCUGGCCGGCUUCUCCCCGGUGGUGGAUGUAAAGAAAACAGCAUUGGCUUUGGCCAUUACAGACUCAGAGCUGUCAGACGAGGAGGCUUCCAUACUGGAAAGUGGCGGCUUCUCAGUAUCCCGGGCGACGACUCCACAGCUGACUGAUGUGUCAGAGGAUUUGGACCAGCAGAGCCUGCCAAGCGAGCCAGAGGAGGCCCUGAGUCGGGAGCUGGGGGAGGGAGAGGAGACAGACCUGGCCCCUACUGAGGACCUGCUGGGCCCCCCUCAAGCCCUCUCAAGGCAAAACCUGGACUUGGAGGAGGAACAGGUGGCAUCCAAGGAAACCUUGCUUCGGCUCUCAUCCCCCCUUCACUUUGUGAACACGCACUUCAAUGGGGCAGGGUCUCCCACCGAUGGAGUGAUGCUCUCCCCUGAAGGACCAGUGGCAACACUGAGCCCGGAGGCAAUGAGUGGUGACCUCACCACUCCAUCCAGCGCCCUGUCACCCCUACUUUGCCUUGCUGAAAGUGACCCAGUCCCCUCCCCCCCGGUACUCCCUCCUCUUCCCCAAGACUCACCCCAGCCCCUGCCUGCCCCUGAGGAAGAAGAGGCACUCACCACUGAGGACUUCGAGUUGCUGGAUCAGGGGGAGCUGGAGCAGCUGAAUGCGGAGCUGGGGUUGGGGCCAGAGACAUCGGCAGAGCCCGAUGCGCCACCCCCUCCUCCCCUCGGGCCCGAUACCCUGUCUCUGGUACAGUCAGACCAAGAGGCUCAGGCCGUGGCAGAGCCAUGAGCCGUUGGGGAAGGAGUUGCAGGCACAGUAGGGCUUCCUGGCUAGGGCUGUCACUGUUUCCUCCUUUUCCUGCUACUCGGGAGGAGCAAGACGUGCGGAAGCUGGCCAUCAGGCCGUAGCCAGUCUGCCCUCCGCCUGCCUGCCUGCCUGCCUGCUGUCCCGGGCCUGGUACAGUACCUGGGAUUGAUUUUAAGUUUGUAAAUAAUUUUACAUUUGGGUUAGUGGAUAUGAACGGGGCUGGGGAGUCCUUCCCACUUGCCUCCCUGCCUCAUCUCUGGUUUCAUUCCACUAUGUCCCAAGCCCUGGUGGUCUCUCCCUUUCUUUUUCCUCCUAUCCUCAGGGACCUGUGCUGCUCUGUCCUCGUGUCCCACUCAGUUGUUAGUUCAGGCACUUUAUCCUUUUUCACAAACCAUGUCCCACGCUCCGCCUUGCUUUAUUUCCCUGCUGUGUCCUGUCCUUAGCAGCUCAAUCCCCACUCUGCCAGCACUUCCUUUCCUCUAGGGAGGCUCCUGUCCGGCAGAUAGAGAGGAAACCUGGGAUGACGGGUCAGGGCAGUAGUUAGGCACUUAGGUCACUAUAGCCCCUGUAACCUCCCUUGCACCCUUGCCCUGGGUCAUCCCCGCACAAUAUGAGAGCAGGGGUCCCACAGCACAUGCGCCAGCGCUGUGUUAGCAGGAACUCUGUCCUCUCAGGUGAGGGGCUUUCUUAUUACCCUAAGGAGGAAUGAGGAGACCUGCUGCUUGGUCCAAGUGUGGUGGGACCCCCUACUAGGGUCAGGAAGUGGACAGUAACAUCUGUGCAGGUGUGGACUGGAAGAAUAAAGUGUUGAUGGCUAGAA